GCGAAUUGUUCUUUUAUAAACGUUUUGUAUAGAAUUCAUAAACCAUAUUAACACGUAUAAUACAAUGAUGUUUGUUUGUUUUAUUGCGCUCAUCGUUUUAAAGUCAACUCCAGCUUUUUCUUCUUCUACUGGGCAUGCGUCGUCUUCGUCGAAUCCGGUCGGUCCUGAGCAAAUAAAUCACGCUCACCUAAUGGAAAUCGACUAUAGCCAGCUGUAUCUAAACAAAAAGGACUCUGAUGUUAUAUUAGUUGUAGAAAAUACACGAUUUUACGCCCAUCGUAAUGUGUUAGCCUCACGCAGUGUUUAUUUCAGAGCAUUACUGUGUGGCGGUCAUAAAGAAGCCGGUCAAAAGGAGGUGCCAAUAAAAGAAAGAUCAGCAACCUCAGUUAAAGUACUUCUUCAGUAUAUUUAUACUGGUCGAAUAAAUUUAAGUACACUAGAGAGUAAAGUUGUUGUGGAUUUAUUAAUUCUAUCGAAUGUAUUUGGUUUUACAAACUUACAAUUUUCUCUGUGUGAGUAUUUGUGGAGUAAAAUCGAUGUAAGCAAUGUAAGUACGUUGUUUGCUGUGGCACUUUACUAUCAAAUCAAAGAAUUCGAAGUCAAAUUAUUCAAUUUUAUCAACAUUCAUGCUUUGGACGUAUUGGAAUCUAAAGAUUCUCUUUCUUUGACGCCCAAAGCAUUACUAUUAAUUCUCAAACAUAACACGGCGUAUACUAACGAAUUGGAUAUAUUUCGUGUGGUUUGUCAAUGGAUAAAAAAAAAAAAAAACGAACUUGAUCCAGAAGCUAAAACUAAAAUUUUAUGUGCAGUCAGAUAUCAGCUUAUGAAUGAUGAAGAACUAUCUGAAGUUAAAAGAUCAGAUCUUGUUCGAUCGAAUAGAAAUAUUUUGGAUGUAAUACAAUUGAGAUUAGACUCCCUCCCACAAGAAUAUAGUGAUCGAGGACGAUUAGAGCCCAAUGUGAAUUUCGCUGUUGGCACUCCCAAUAAGCUUUCUCAAAUUGACGGUGGUACCAUGAUCAUGUUGGGUCAUCCAUCUAAUAUAAACUACAUUGAAAUGGAAUUAAGCAACAAACAAGCAAUUUAUUACACUUAUUACAUUGAAGUAUCAAUGGAUGGGCAAGAUUGGUUGCGUGUAUUAGAUCAUUCAAAUUAUCAUUGUCGGUCAAUUCAACGUUUGUGGAUUAACCGAAUAUUUGUUCGAUACAUUCGAAUUAUUGGCACCAAUAAUACUAGUAAUAAGACUUUUAACUUUUUGAAAGUCAUGUACAAUACAGACAAAUUGCACUUAGUGGAAAUAAAAAACGGAUUAGUGGGUAAGGAGAAUACGUUCUUAUUCCUUGAAUAUUAUAAAAAAUAUGAUAUUUGUCUAAUGAGGUGA